AUGGCAGUAAAUGAUUUCCAUAAUGCAAGUGUGUUUAGUAGUAAUCGCUUAAAUAGCUUACGCAAUGAUCCAUCAAACAUGUCGAGUAUGAAUAAGCCAUUCAAUACUCCAUCCAAACCAAUUUCAAAAGAUAAAUUUACCUCUAUUAAAGAUACUUUGAUUAAAGAGUCUCCUAGAUAUUUAAAAUCUAUUUCUACGGACCCUAUUUUCCAAAAUGAUACGUCUAAUUUAACUGGUAAUGAAAAUCCUUUCAAUUCUAAUAAUCAAGAUAAUUUAGGAACUUUCAAUAAUAUUAAAUUACUCGAUGACAAUAGUAAUAAUAAUAACACUAUUAGUAACAACAUGAAUAUAGCAUCACCUAUUGAUUCUUUAAAUUUCUAUAAUUUAAGCCACAUGUCUAACAAUACGUCAUCGAAUUAUGAAGUAUUACCAGAAAGAAAUAUUACUAGUGAUAGCCAAUCCCAAGAUAAUAAUAUUAAUGUUGUUAAUAAUAUCCAAAAUGAAUUAACUUUAGGUAGUUAUGAAAAUCCUAUUUUGAAAAAAUUAUCUCAUAGAACAAUUAAUAAAGAAUUUGAAUUACAAAAAAUUAUUGCUAGUACAUUAAUCUUAGCUAUGUUAUCAAUUAUUAUAAAAUUUAUUAAAUUAUUUAUUCAUCAUUCAAAAUAUGGGAUAAAAUUAUAUCUUUUGCCAAGUGAUGCCACUUCAAUCAAUUUACAGUUUAAUGCAUUCAACACAGAUAUUAAUAUACAUUUUAAUUUCAGGUAUGAUAUCAAUUAUGAUAAGAUUUACUUUUUAAUUCAAUGUAUUUUAGUUCUUAAUAUUUUGAUUUCUCUUUGGAAAUUAUCUAAAAACGUUAAAUAUGAUGAUUUAAAAUUAUCGAAACACCAAAUGGAAUUAUUGGGCUUAAAUGAUCGUAAUUCAAAAAAUUAUAAAAGAUCCCAGCUAUCAAAAUAUAAUGAUAGAAGAAAAUCACAAACUAAACCACAUAUGAUCCAAUUAAAUAGAAAUAUUCAUUAUUCAAAUUCCAAUCAACGUCAACAACAUGAAUUAACCUCUGUAACCACUAAGAGUGGAAAUUUGAAUGAAACUCCUUAUUUGUUUAAAUCUUUAAUGACCCCAAGUAAAUUGAAAGAAUUUCAAUCAAAUAAACAAACUACAUCCUCAUCUGCAUUUCAAAGACAACCAUACUCCCAUAUUAAUAACAAUUCGAAUUUCCAAAGAACAAUGUUUAAUAAUCUAGCUUAUAACAAUGGCACGAAUAAUAAUAAUGCGACCAUUAUUAAUAAUAAUAGUAGUAAUAAUCCUAUGAUAACAGGAUCGAAUUUAUUUGGCAAUUCAAAUAAUAAUAAUACUAAUUUUAAUAUUCAUAAUUCAAUAUCAACACCAAACACAAAUUCAAAUGGUACAUCAAUUGCAUAUAUCCCAAGCAGUAAAUAUACGUAUAUGAUGAAUACACCAACUCCAAAGAAGAUAUGA